GCCGCGCCCCGCCGAGCCUGCCCGCGCCCGGGGGCGUGCGGCGCGGCACGGCCCCUCCGCUGCCCUGCUCGCCGGAGCCGCUGCCAGCCCCGCGCCGCCGGCCCCGGCGGGGAGAGGGUGAGUCGGCGGCUCACGGCCUCCGUGUCAGGGCGGGGAGGGCGGAGGAGAAGGGAAAGCAAAACAGACGCUCUUGUGGUGCCGUCAGUUCGCGGUUACUCACCUCGCCGGCCGGUCCGCCGCCGAGAUGGGGACGCAGCACUGUCUGGAAGGACGGGACAGACACACGCCCGGGAGAUUUGUCAUCCUACUGGAGGUCUUGGUUAUGGACACAAGGGCAAGUCCAUUGGAAAAGCCAGUGGCAACAAUGCAAUAGUCACCAGCAAUCCCAUGACAGUUCAACAGCUGGGACCUCUUUCAUCUUCAACCUAUCAGCUUUCAACAGCAUGCAGCCAGAUCAGCCCCAGCUUACAAAGGUCUAUGGAUGCUUCCAGCCUGAGUGCUUCUCCAUCAGAUACAAGGUCACUCUUGUCAUGUGAGACUCUGGCUCCUACAACGUUAAGCUUGUCAGAAGGUCACUCCCCCCUGAGUGCUGAACAACAGUGGUCACAUAGGUGCAGGACACUUUCUUCUGUUCCUCCUGACCUUGGUUUACAAAGUGGCAGUGAGCUGGGGGACUUAAUAAAUUUUUUGCCUGAAGCAUCUACAUCCAGUGACUCAUUACCAUCCUACUUAUAUGGCAUGGAAAAUAAGAAUUCCCCUUACUCUAGUCCUUGCCAGUCCUCAGUCUGGUCUCAAUCAGCCCGCUCCAAAAAAAGAGCACUCUCUGUAUCUCCUCUGUCUGACAGCAUUGGGAUUGAGUUCAAUACAAUCAUUCGUACAUCUCCAACUUCUCUGGUGGCCUACAUCAACGGCUCCAGGGCAUCGCCAGCGAACAUCUCUCCACAGCCUGAGGUCUAUGGACAUUUUUUGGGAGUGAGAGGAAGCUGUAUACCCCAAAACGGCUCUGUUUCAACUGCCCAGAAAGGCUUCCACAUGGCGAAUGGCAGUGUCACUUUUCCAGGGUAUGUUGAGAAUGGCACAGGUGAGUACCAGCGGAUGCAGCAGCUGGAGCAAGCGAGCUUACAGAUGGUUGCUACAAAUAACAUGGUGAUCCAGCAGGGUGUACUGCCCAUGGACAGCCAGGCAAUGGACAUCCUGAAAAAUGAACAGCUGGAUGACUUCUCAGGCCCUAUUGUUGACAUGCCUCUUUCACCCCUGGUGCUGCCACCACCUCCUCCACAAGGGCCGCCCCCGCCGUACCAUGCUCACCAGCACCGGCAUCCGCACAGCCUCCCCAGCCACGUCCCCCCACUGCAGGUGCUGCCUCCUGCCCCGGGCGCCCUGCUGGAGGAAGAUGGCGAGCUGGAUGAUUUCAGUGGCAAGCAUGGCUGUUGCUGGGUUGACUGUGGGAAGCUGUAUGACCAUCAAGAGGAGCUUGUGCGGCACAUAGAGAAGAUCCACAUAGACCAGAGGAAGGGAGAGGACUUCACCUGCUUCUGGGCAGGGUGCCCUCGAAGGUUCAAGCCAUUUAAUGCCCGUUACAAACUGUUGAUUCACAUGAGAGUCCACUCAGGAGAGAAGCCGAACAAAUGCACAUUUGAGGGCUGCAAGAAAGCCUUCUCCAGACUUGAAAAUCUCAAGAUUCACUUAAGGAGCCAUACGGGUGAAAAGCCGUACCUUUGCCAGCACCCUGGCUGCCAGAAAGCGUUCAGCAACUCCAGCGACCGCGCCAAGCACCAGAGGACCCACUUGGACACUAAACCUUAUGCAUGUGAGAUUCCAGGAUGCACUAAGCGAUACACAGAUCCAAGUUCCCUGAGAAAACAUGUGAAAGCCCAUUCUUCCAAAGAUCAACAAGUCAGGAAAAAGUUGCGAUCAAGCUCAGAGAUUGGCCAGGACAUCCUGAAUGACUGCCUUGCAAUCCAGCCCCUCCAACCAGCCCUGUCACCACAUGAUGCUGUAAAUAAUACCAUGGGACACUCCCCAGGGCCUGCUUGUGAUAUUUACCCAGCAGCUGUGAUCCCCAGCGCACAGAUAAAUCAAAGUGGAACAGCAGCUGGGGCAGUGUCCUUGUCCCACUCCAGCAGCCACUCUUCCCCAGGACAAAACAUACAGGGCAGUGCUCUGCAUCCUCCCCACAUACCUCUUCUCGAAGCUGCUGACUCAGAGAGGUUUGUUGCUCCAGCUCCUUCUCAUCACAUUAGCCCCCAGAGAAUGUCCAUUCAACAUCCCAUGAUGCAGAGACAGACUCCACAACCUCCUCAGCUUCCACAGCUGGCAGGGAUGCCUCUGAAGACAUACCAACCAGCAGAAAGCCCUUCUUUUCAGCCAAAUGCCCUUCACAUCCAGGGUUUUUAUGGGCAGCUUCAGACUUUCUGCCCCCCACAUUAUGCUGACGCUCAGAAGAACAUACAAGACAGUGUUUCUUGCAAUAUGGCUCCUCCUGUUGAUUGCUCAGCUCUCACAUCAGCAGUCCAGGGAGGGCUUGGCAUUUUCCAUGGAAGUUUUUCAGAUCAUUCUGGUAUCAAAGUGUAUGACUUUUCAUCAGGGUCUGUAGGUAUCUUUGGUGAUUCAGCUUCCAGCACGCCAGAGGACAGCAGUUUACUGCAAGUAAAUGCAGUGGAUCACUGUUCCAGCCAGCUUUCUUCUGUAUACACUGAAGGCUAAGUAAUGUGUAUCUAGUUACAAGAACUUGAUUCUGUUUCAUCUUGCCUUUCUGUUAUUCCCUUCAAAUUUUUUCUCUCCAUGAAACUGCCAUGUAUGUAUGGGGAUAUGACUAGAUAUACAUACAUAAUGGAGAGGAAAAAAGCAAUUGCCAAGCAUUCUUCAUUUAAACAAGCAGCCAACUGAGAAGGAGAAUGUUUGGAGAAACCAGCCUUGCCAAAACCUUAGCAAUUGUUUCUUUUCUUCUCAUCUGUGGUACAGCAACUAUACUUUUAAAAUUAUUUCUUCUUUUAAUUUCUCAAAGGGAAUUCAGAGACCAAAUAAGAAAACCGGUUGUUGGCUGUAAUCCUUUCAAGCUGAAUGGGUGCACUUACAGAAGAACACAGCUUUAGAAAAUUCCUUUUUCAAAAAAGGAAAAGAAGCAAAACCAGAGCAUACUACAAACAUUUCAAUGGCAUACAGUUUUUGCACAACCUGUCUGCAUGUGAUAGUUCCAAAGGUUAACACACGCCAGUAUCCAAAAGGGAGAGACGUUAGACAUAUAUAUAGGCACUACCUAUUGGAGGCAUUGGUGUGGCUUCUUUUUGGAUCAAAGGUUGUUGGUAGAGAAUUUCUUACAGGCCUCAGGUUAGGUAUCCUUUCCUCUUUAUUUUAAGCCACACAGUACGGCUAUUAUUGUUUUCCCAAUAUUCAUUCUGACCCUUUCAGCAUGAAUACGAUGGUUUAAAUACACAAGAAGAUAUGUGGGCUUUGUGUCUAUUUAGCACAUCUGCCAGAUAAGCAUAAAUGCAUUUUAACUUUCAGUUGCUUUUUAAUUAGGUUGUAGAACAUUGUUGCUGUCUGUGCCAUAGUCUUCGGCAGGAAGGUUUAAAAUCUUUUGUAGGAAAGAAUCUUCCUUAAAUUCCACAUGUCUUUUAAAAGCUAUCUGUAGUGAUAGUGAUUAAACUAAAUUUUGGUUGUCCUAAUCUUUUUCCAUAAUACAUUUUCAGAAAGAACUACUCUUAAAUGUACUAUGAUUCCUCUGGUUACUUAGAAAGAUAAAAAUGGACUAGUUUGGUGGUUUUGAUUUUUCUUGAUCAAUGUCAGGUUCAAGAUCCUCAAAUUUAGUCCAGGAUACAAGCAAAUUAGGUUGCCAAACAUACAAGGUUAUGAGUUAAAACCAGUAUUUUGCAUUGGAGAUGUCAUCACUGUGAUGAUGUCGGGGGAACAUCACCAACCUUGAGAACAGCUCUUACUAAGAGCUGAGUAAGACUGAGUUUUUUUCAGAAAGAAAUUAAACCAGUAAGACUGGUUUAAUUUCUGUUCAUCCAUUUUAUGGACUUCUUACUGUGUAGUGUACAUCAUAAUAUUCUCAUGACCUAAAAGAGUAAGGACAGAAAAGUUCAUCCUUGCAGGCUGGACCAUAUUUAUGCUUCAGAAAUUAACCCUUCUAAAAAGAUAAAAUAAAAAGUUUUAAAGAACCUUUUUUUUCCCUGGCAAACUUUUGAGAGUUGUUAAGUCCAAUUUGGGUCCAAUUCAUAAUUUAAUCUGCAGUUAUGUGGAAUAGAUGAAUUUAUGUCCAGAUGUUUGUGAACACUGGCAAUCUUUUGAGGUUUGUAUUCAUGAAGUAUAUUCUUAUGUGCAGUCAUACACUUAAAUAUUUAAUGGAGAGAUUUUCAUCUGAUACAUAGAAUAUAUGGAUAAACCACAUUUAUGCACAUAAAUGAAGUACAACAAGAAGUAAAGUGACUAAAAUGCAGCUAAUUCUGUGCUAAAUUCUUCCCCCAUAUAUUCUGCUUCUCAAAUCACAGGAGAAUGUGUCCCUCUGCUCCAGCUUGCACUAAGAGGUCUAGAUGUUACCAUAUGUGAUUUGCAUUGCAUUAAAAGAUACCAGGCAUCCUUCACAGCCAUACACAUGCAAUCAAAAAGACAGUUCUUUUGCAUAAUGUGCAUUGACUGCAAGUUUCGCUUUUUAAUAAAGCUUUAAUUUUGUACUACCUUAAAGCCCAUUAUGUGGUCACUGCACAAGCAUAACUUGGUUCAGUAGGAAUAGUGACACUGAACACUUCAAUUUCAAAUGUGUGGAAUUGUGUUUUGUUCCACCAAAGUCAGCAGGGGCAGGAUCAGACUGUGUGUGGACAUAUGCAUGUACCUCUAUACUUCCAUAUAUAUAAAUCCUUCAAAAUUCUAUUAACCACAUGAUUGUCCAGAAUUUGUCCAUUGCUGUUUACAAAACUGAAAUAUUGUUGCUGUCUUCAGAUCUGUACCACCUUGACUUUUAAACUUUUUGAAAUAUUUUUUUUCUAAUAUCUGAAUGUACAAGUUGUUCUGUAGAGUUGGGGAAUUAUACAUUUUGAAACAUGCUGACCAAAGGGAAAGUGGAAGUACAGAAUUCAAAAAGGGCAUUUUCAGCUUGGGGGUUCAUCAGUUACAUUUAAAAAAGGAAACUUUUGCAAGUCAUUCAUUCAUUCUUUCUCAUAUAUAUAAUGUAGAUAUAUUUACAACUUUCCAUGAGCCUUAAUCCUAAAAAGAAGGCCCUAGAAAACAGUCAAAUCAAGCACAUGAAUAUGGACUACCAGUCUGUAAAAAGGUAGGCCUUUGUUUACUUCUAAUUCAGAGACAAAGAGGAUUCUUCACUAUUAUUUCAUUAUUCUCUUCUGAGUUCUCUUUGAACUGACUUCGAGGCAUCAAUUUAAUCACCGAGGGCAAUUGCAUAAAAAGCCCCAUUGUAUCUCAUGCAUAUUGGAUAUUUAAAUAAGGAAUCCUGUUUGUCACAAUCAAAAAUGGUGCUUGAGAAAAUACAAUUUUGUGGGUUAUCUGCAUAACUGAGUUAUUUGCAAAUACUUGUUCCUCAGUGAGUUUUGUGUUGUUAUUCUACUUGCUGUAUUGUUAACUUUCUAAAGGGAUUCAUAUAUAAGAGAUGAAGUUAUUUUAGACUGCAGACAUUAAACAAUAUUCAAAAUAAAUUAUUUACAAUUAUUGUUUUAUGCAAUAUAACUCUUUCCCGACUCAGUGGUCUAUUUGUAUCUGCAUUAGAAAUGGUUCCACACUGGAGUUGAAAAUACAGUUUCAAAGUGCAUGUGUACAAGUGGAAGUGUAUGAGAGUGCAUGUGUGGAUUUAAGGCUCCCUUUCUAUGUGUGUGUACACACAAACAUGUAGGCAUUGUGGUUUACUACUACCAGAUGCUAAAGAAUGGCAGUGCUAAGGCCAUCUGUCACACUGUGUAUUGUUUUCAGCUUUUCUUGAAAAGGUGUGAAUGAGUAUAAAAAUUACAUUUUAACUGUUUAUUCCCUGUUUUCCCUGUGUAAUUUUAUAGCAGA